CUAAUCAUAAACAAAUGAUUAUAUACCCCGAGUAUUUUUUUUGAAGGCAAUCAAAUUUCAUUAUUAUUCCAAUAAAUGAGAAAUACAAUCCGGGGGAGAUGUAUUCCACGUAGAAGAUUGAGUUAUCGCACUACGAGCAAGUGUAUGAGCGAUACCAUUAUCUUCCCGAGGAAUAUGAGCAACCAAUGCCGAAUUAAACUGAGCUAAAAGAGCCUUACAGCCUUUUAUUAUAGUUCCAAGAUAAGAAAAAACCUGGAUGUUUCUUUCACAAAGAGCUUCCGCAACCCAUCUGCAAUCCGUAAGGAGCUCCAUGUCUUGGAUCUCGUUAGCUCUAGCCCAGGUUGGGGGAGGUGAAACCGUGGUGACAAGCCUCAAACCAUGGAAGUUCGAACAGUCCGUGAAGAGAGACAGCUCAUGCUUCAACUGGUUUUUGCACGAUAACGUAGACGGGAGGGAAGUCUUCUCGUCGAAGCCAUCGAAGCUCGCGAUGAUGAACCCGAGGGCUUGGUUCAAAAACCGCUACUCGAACGCUCACCGGCCCUUCACGAGGCAGGGAGGGGUGGUGUUUGCGGGUGACGAGUACGGGGAGAAGGUGGUGUGGAAGGUGGAGAAGAGUGCCAUGGGGAAGACUAUGGAGUGGGAGCUGAGGGGAUGGAUUUGGCUAACUUAUUGGCCUAAUAAACAAAUGACAUUUUACACUCAGAAACGCUCAAAGUUUUUCAUCAUGAAGUUUGAAGACGCUCGAAGUUCUUCAUAUCCUGAUACAUCUAACAUAUCAAAUUUGCCCUUAGUCGCUCUCUGUCUGCGGCGAGCCGACGAUCAACGACCUCUGCCUUCCCGGCAAUCCGACGGGCGACGACCUAUGCAUUUGCGACCUCUGCCUUCCCUUAGAGCCACCGACCAACUCUUCAAAGUCCGACGCGGCGACGCCUUCAGCGACCACCGACCAACUCCUCAAAACCCGACCAACCGGGCACAUCAAAUGAAACAUAUCGUGAAAAUAUUUACAAUUUUGGUGGCUGUAUCUGCCCUUUGGACGUGGUUGCUAAAGACGGCUGUUUUACCAGAAAGUUAUACUUGGUUGCUCCCAAUCUACUUCGUCGUGUCGCUAGGGUGUUAUGGACUAGUAAUGGUUGGAGUAGGCCUGAUGCAGUUCCCUACUUGUCCCCAAGAGGCAGUUCUUUUACAGCAGGACAUUCUUGAAGCCCAGACCUUCCUGAAGACAAGAGGAGUUGAUGUUGGUUGAUCCAUGGAUGGUAAAUGCCCAAAAUUUUUUCUUCUUUCAUCUUAUAUGAAUGAGAGUUUGCUUUAACUUGUUGGUUUUGACAUCUUUCCCCUAUCUUGCACAAUGUUUGUCUCUCAUAUGAGAGAUUUCAGUAAAAUUCAUGAAUAACU